ACGUAAUGCGCUUGCGUCAAUGUUUUUGAAGGCCCGUGACUAGCCAGCGUGCUAACCCAACAUACGGAUCGUUACAAACAUUUUCAUAAUUAAUAACCCCCAAGCUGUUUCUGCUUGGUUAUACGCCACCUGAUUCGGGGUCGGUCUGAUUCACACCCAGAAUGUCCUUCCCUCCUCAUUUAAACCGGCCGCUGUUGCCCCCUCCUGGUAUUCCCCCUCAGUAUGCUGGCUUCCCCUCAGGAGCUCCAAUGAUCCCAGUUCACAUGGGCAUCAUGACGCCCACCCCGGCAGUGAUGGUGCCUUCUGUGUCGGUGGUCAGUAAGCCUGCAGUUCAUAAGAAGGAAAUUGCUGACAUGCGAGCCAAAGAGAACGAUGAGAGCAGUGGCCCCACCACCACAGUGUUUGUGGGGAACAUAUCAGAAAAAGCUUCAGAUAUGCUGAUCAGACAGCUGCUGGCGAAAUGUGGAAUUGUUCUGAGCUGGAAGAGAGUCCAAGGAGCCUCUGGCAAGCUUCAAGCUUUUGGGUUUUGUGAGUACAAGGAGCCAGAGUCUACGCUGCGAGCCCUGCGGCUGCUUCAUGACCUGCAGAUUGGAGACAAAAAUCUCCUGGUGAAGGUGGAUGCCAAGACAAAAGCUCAGCUAGAUGAGUGGAAGGCUAAGAAGAAGACCGCGAAUGGGAAUAAAAAGGCUGAAGAUGGAGGAGAUGAAGAGGAAGAGGUUCUAGACGAGGAGACCAAGAAGAAAGAUCAGAUUAUUAAAGGUGCGAUCGAUGGCUUGAUGCGGGAAUAUGCUGCCGAGCUCAACGCACCUUCACAGGACGAGGACUCCCAGCGACGAAAGAGAAAAAAGGAGAAAAAAGAAGAGGAUGACAUUAACACCAUUGAUAUGGAGGAGGACAAGAGAGACCUGAUUUCCAGAGAGAUUAGUAAAUUUCGUGACACUCACAAGAAACUGGAGGAAGAGAAGGACAAGAGGGAGAAGGAGCGGCAGGAGUUUGAACGGGAAAGGAGGGAGCGAGAAAAAGAGCGAGAGCGGGAAAGAGAGCGGCGGGACCGCGAAAGGGAGAAGGAGCGAGAGCGGGAGCGGGAGAGGGAAAGGGAGCGAGAACGGGAGAGAGACCGAGACAAAGACCGUGACCGCAAGACCAGAGAAAGAGAGCGAGACAGAGACUGGGACAGAGACAGAAGCCGAGACAGGAGCACUGACCGCAGCCGAUCCAGGGAAGUGAGUCGAGACCGAGACAGAGAAAAGAAACGCGACCAAGAGGAUGAAGAGGAGGCGUAUGAACGCAGGAAGCUGGAGAGGAAACUCAGAGACAAAGAAGCAGCAUAUCAGGAGCGUCUCAAAAACUGGGAGCUCAGGGAGAGGAAGAAGGCACGGGAUUAUGCCAAGGAGACCGAGAGGGAAGACGAGCGCCGACGAGAAAUGGUGAAAGAGGGCAAAAGGCUAAAAGAGUUUCUUGAAGACUAUGAUGAUGACAGAGAUGACCCGAAGUACUACAGGGGCAGUGCACUGCAGAAGCGUCUCAGAGACCGAGAGAAGGAGAUGGAGGCGGACGAGCGUGACAGGAAGAGAGAGAAGGAGGAGCUGGAGGAAAUCAGACAGAGGCUGUUAGACGAGGGACAUCCAGACCCAGACGCAGAGCUACGCAGGAUGGAAGAGGAAGAGGAGGAGCGUCUGAGACAACCUCCCAUCAUCCAAGAGCCAGAGCCCGAGGAGGAACGGGAACGCCACAGGGUUCCACGAGACCACCGGGACCGUCGAGGGGAACAGGACAGAGGAGACGCCCGUUCAAGGCCCGCCCACUCAGACGACGAGGUGGAGGAGGGUGAGGAGGAGGACUAUGACAACGAUGAAGAUAACCCUGAUGCAAAACCGUGCCUGAAGCCCACGAUGCGGCCCAUCACAGCAGCACCCUCAGUGUCAUCGGCCAGUGGCAACGUGUCCCCCAACACACCCGGGGACGAGUCGCCCUGUGGCAUCAUCAUCCCCCACGAGAACUCGCCCCCAGAGGCCCUGCCACAGGAGGAACACCGGCCAAAGAUCGGCCUCAGCCUCAAACUCGGUGCCACAGGAAGCCCAAGUCAGCCCAACGUAGGUAAAAGGAAGAAGCUGCCCGUGGACAGCGUCUUCGACAAGUUCGAUGACGAGGAGGCCGACGAACAGCCCCGCAAGAGGAAACUGGUGCCGCUGGAUUACGACGAUGACAAGAGCCUCGGGGUGGACGGGGCCGGGCUCUCCAGCAUAAAGGGAGCUAAUGCCGAAGAGAAACGCAAACACAUUAAGAGCCUGAUCGAAAAGAUUCCCACGGCAAAACCUGAGCUGUUCUCCUACCCGCUGGACUGGUCGAUGGUUGAUACGACAUUAAUGGAACGACGUGUUCGGCCCUGGAUCAAUAAAAAGAUCAUUGAGUACAUCGGAGAGGAAGAGCCGACGUUAGUGGACUUUGUCUGCUCCAAGGUGAUGGCUCACAGUAUGCCACAGAGUAUCUUGGAUGAUGUUGCUAUGGUUCUUGAUGAAGAGGCUGAAGUCUUCAUUGUGAAGAUGUGGCGGUUACUCAUUUAUGAAACGGAGGCAAAAAAAAUUGGACUGGUGAAAUAAGUAAAUUAACCACUGAAUGAAGAUCAACUGUUUUUUGUUAUUUUGUUCUUUUCAUACAUAGUGUAUAAUAGUGUAGCGCGGUUAUGUCACCCCAAACUAAGCAACUUGUCCAUACCAGCACAGACUGUAACUGCAAAUUCUGCUCAUUCUCACAUUUGCACCAGUUGUUCACGUCUUGUCUAUUUUUGUCUCAGCAUACUCAGGCUGCAUUCACCUCUCCUCACUGUUUGCAGGUGCUGACUGUAUUGGUGUACUUUCGUGUAUAUACAGUACGUCAUUAUUUUACUAUGAUAAAAUAACUCUGAGAGAAAGCUGCUGACAGGCACCCAGGACUGUUGUUGUGUUACCAGAUAAUGCUUCUUGGUCCUAGACUUUUUGAUUUACAUACAUGCCAACACACAUUUUGUGGAAAAAGUCUGUCUGCAGGAUUGUGACAGGGAGCCAGUUUACUGGUCUUACAAGCUUUUCUUUAAAGUAACUAAGGUGUGAAAUCUGGCUUGGUUAAGCAGACAGACUUUACAGUAUGCAUAACUACAAUAAGGAUAUGAUUUUUUUACAGGGUUAUUUAUUCAGGGUUUUGGAUUCAGCUCCAACUUACUAACAUACUUUGCUUCAUUUUUCCUUGUCACAUUCCUGAUAAACGUGUUGGCAUGUUCCUAUCCUCAGACCUUCUCAAAAACACCUAGUUGUCAUUUGAAAUGCGUCUGACAGGACCCACAGAAUGUCUUAGGUGGUGACAUCCCAGCAGCCCCAAAAGCACACACACAUCAUGACCACUAUAGGAAAAUGAGCUAAGAACGGGAAAAAUGAUCUGAAGUUGUGAGGAUGCUGUCCAUUCGUUUUUGUAUCGGUGAACAUUUGAUUAAAAUUGAUUUUUGUAACUAACGGUAACUGCCUUUUGUUUUCCCUCAACCUUGUUUCCUUUUGCAGUUAGACAGUAGAAAUUUGGCAAAAUGUAUUACAGUUCCAAAACAGCUAGCAAUGUAAUUGAAACUACUGCAAGUGAAAAUUAAUUCUUGACCUUAGAAUCAGCACUUCACAAAUCCUUUGGUUAAUUUACCCAUUGAUCAGCGUGUAAGGUUAAGUCUACUUAACAGUCUACUCAUAACAGCAGACAAAGACGCAUUGAGAUCAAAACUUCCAGAACUUUAUUGAUGUCAUGUGAGCUAAACAAGAGCAGAUCUUGCCAGUAAAAACUCUAACUGGAAGAGAAACAGCAAAAAAUAAAGUCACCACUGACUGGUGCAAAGACAGACGAGCCUAUGCGUUUCCCCUUUAAUCAAUCACAUCCAGUGACCAGCCAGAGAUGAAGCGCCAUGGAUACUGAAGACACUGGGCUCUGAAGCAAAACGCAAGUGAAGGCCACUGCUUGUAAACAGCUUUUGUUUUUUUAGAAUUAUCAUUUAUUCAAAUCGGUGUACUUAAAAAUAGAAACUAUAUUGAUGUGUAAUUGGAAAUUUAACUCUCCAUGUGUCCAUGUCUGGAUACGAAAACAGUAUUUUGAGUGACUGUCCUCUGAGACAAACCCUGCUAAUGAACAAACCUGGAUGUUUGCCAAUGAACUAUUAACACCAGUUAAUGUUUGCAAUGUGAAAGUUAACAUCUGUUGGACCUAGUGACUGUGGCCAUGUCCGUCCACAUUUUCUCCAUUGAUGUUUUUCCCACCAGCCUUCUUCCAAUGAACAACUCUAGUCCUCUGCUUUGGCCUCCAUCUCCUCGUCGUCAUCAUCUCCGUCCA